UAAGCCCGCCUCUUCCGCUCUGCUCAGCCAUCCAUCCAAUGGGGUGAGAGGGAGUUGACCGGAAGUGAUAUUUAAUCGCCGCCCACUUCCGGUCCCCGGCCAGUAGCGAGCGCGUCCGGGCAACAUGAAACUGCUCACCCACAACCUGCUGAGCUCGCAUGUGCGGGGCGUGGGGAGCCGCGGCUUCCCGCUGCGCCUCAAGGCCCAAGAGGUGCGUGUCCACCAGGUGGAUUUCAACCCCGACUUCGUGGCGCGCAUGAUCCCCAAAGUGGAAUGGACGGCGCUGCUGCAGGCGGCCGAGCAACUGAAUCUGGGCGAGAUCCCCAGCGGCCCCGUCGAGGGCUACGAGCACAAUGAAGAGUUUCUGCGGAAGAUGCAUCAUGUUCUGCUGGAGGUGGAAGUCGUCGAGGGGACUCUGCAGUGCCCAGAAUCCGGGCAUCUGUUCCCCAUCAGCCGCGGAAUCCCAAACAUGCUGCUGAACGACCAGGAGACUGAAUCUUAA